AUGGGAUGCAAGCAAAUGGACAAAUCAAAGCCAAAGCAAAAGCAUAAGAAGGGAUUAUGGUCUCCAUAUGAAGACCAAAAGCUCAAAGAUUACAUCCUCAAACAUGGUCAUGGCUGCUGGGCAUCUGUGCCAAUCAAUGCUGGGUUGCAAAGGACGGGAAAAAGUUGUAGAUUGAGGUGGAUUAAUUAUUUAAGGCCAGGCUUAAAGAGAGGGACAUUUAGCACUGAUGAGGAAGAGACAAUCCUGACCUUUCAUGGCAUGUUAGGCAACAAGUGGUCUCAAAUAGCACAAUAUUUACCGGGAAGAACUGAUAAUGAGAUAAAGAACCAUUGGCACUCUUAUCUAAAGAAGAGAGUGCCCAAAAUGAAUGAAAAUGAAGAAGGGCAUGCUAGAACAUAUACAAGUGAAAAUGGAGAAUCUUCACCUUCCUCAAUGAAAUUGGCUUCCCAAAAUUCAAGUAAUAUGAACUCAUUUGAACAAAUAGAAGGUUCAUUAUUAGCAGAUACAGAUCAAUCUGUAUCUGCUAAUAACGAAUUUGCACGAGAAAAUUACAAAAACAAUUUCCCCAAAGUGUUAUUUUCGGAGUGGCUCUCAUUAGAUCAGUUUAACCAUCAGGAUAUCAAGGUGAACACAAGUAAUCAAGAUCUUUCUAAGAAUAACAUUGGAUGCAACAAUUCAAUGUUCCAAUUAGAUGCUUUCGCGCAAUAUGGUCCAGUACUAGCGAUGAAUGAAGUUAUUACCAAUGAAAUAAAUCGCGAUUUUAACAAUAUGAUUCAACAACCACUCAAGUUUGAGGAUCAGAUCUUUGUCAACGAUUUUGAGGAAUUUAUAUCCGGGGAAUUUAAUAGAAACGUCAAUGAUGUACAUAUAAAUCAUAUUUUCUAA